AUGCCGUUGAAGCGCACACCCCCUCCCUCACCACUCACCACACCAAUAGCGCCCACGUUCAGUAGUGCAGAGUACAGUGCUAAUACUCUAACAACAAAAGAAAUCAAUUCUAUGCAUCACAGCGAUUCUGCGCCUGAUUUAACUACUCUUAGGACGACUGUCAGUGAGAGGAAAAAACGAAAGCACCCUGGAGGAGAUGACAGCAUCACAUCCUUGAUAAAAUAUAUGUUUACCAAUUUCUCUAAGGAACAGGAAACGCGUUUUUAUAAUUUACAAAGUACAAUUGUAGAUCUCAAAGAGCAAAAUUAUGAGUUAAAACGAAGUGUGGAGCAUAUGUCUAACAAAUAUGACGAUUUAAUUACAAUAAUAGCUAAUUUGGAAAAAGAAAGAAAAGAGGACAAACGGCACAUGGCUUUAAUAAAAACGCGUUUAUAA